AUGGGGUUACCUUCAACGUCAUUAGACAGUAGUAACUGGGGGGUAUUCACACUUGCAGCCAUAGCAGGAACGCAAAACUUGCUCAACAACCCACUCUUGCUUAUCCUAAUAUUUGCACUCCUUCUCUUCAUUGGGUUCUUGACAUGGGCUUUCCCAAGAGGAGGAGGAGGUGUAGCAUGGAGAAAUGGCAGGAACCAAAUGGGCAAGGUCCCUAUACCAGGUCCCAAUGGAGUUCCAAUCUUGGGCAUCUUAUUGAACUUGAACCAUGGCCUGCCUCACCGGACCCUUGCUUCCAUGGCUUCAACUCUAACCGCCACAAAACUCAUGGCUUUCAGUUUGGGGUCAACCCCUGUAGUUAUAACUUCAAACUCUCACAUAGCUCGUGAAAUCUUAUACUCACCCCAUUUUGCAGACCGUCCCAUUAAACAAUCCGCUAAGAGCCUCAUGUUCAACCGUGCCAUUGGCUUCGCACCAAACGGCACCUACUGGCGUUUGCUACGUAAGGUUGCUUCAACCCACCUUUUCUCCCCGCGGCGCAUCGUAGCGCACGAGGCCGGUCGCUUGCUAGACUGCGCCGCCAUGGUGCGCUCAAUGGGUCUUGAACAAUCCAAACAUGGGUUUGUUUGUUUAAGGAAACACCUCCAAGAUGCAGCUCUUAACAACGUUAUGGGCACGGUUUUCGGAAAAAGGUACGACCAAGUGUGCCAUGAUAGGUACGAGGUUGAAGAGCUGCGUGACAUGGUGAGGGAAGGGUUUGAGAUUUUGGGAGCUUUCAAUUGGUCUGAUUAUGUCCCUUGGAUCAGCUUCUUUUAUGACCCUUUUCGUCUUCGGGAACGGUGUGAGGCUCUUGCUCCUAGAGUUAAGAAAUUUGUGAAGCAGGUUUUGGACGAGCACCGAAUGGCUCCGUUCAAGAAGCUUUCUGAUGGCUCGGACUUUGUGGAUGUGCUGCUGUCUCUGGAGGGGAAUGAGAAGCUCCAAGAUGAUGACAUGAUUGCCGUUUUAUGGGAGAUGAUAUUUAGGGGCACAGACACAACAGCACUUCUUACUGAGUGGAUAAUAGCCGAGCUUGUUUUGAACCAAGACGUGCAGACAAGGCUUCGUAACGAGCUUGACAGGGUUGUGGGGGACAAAAAGAAUGUUACAGAUGAUGAUGUGAUCAAAUUGCCAUACCUUGAAGCUAUUGUGAAGGAGACAUUGAGAUUACAUCCAAUUGGGCCCCUCCUUUCGUGGGCCCGCUUGUCCACGUCAGAUGUCCAGCUCAGCAAUGGGAUGGUGGUCCCAGCCAACACCACAACAAUGGUGAAUAUGUGGGCCAUAACCCACGACCCCAAUGUGUGGCAGGAGCCAUUGGUAUUCAAGCCAGAGAGGUUUGUGAAGAGUGAAGGAGGGGUUGACUUGGAUGUGAGGGGCGUUGACCUAAGGCUUGCUCCAUUUGGUGCUGGACGUAGGGUUUGCCCUGGAAGGAACCUAGGCCUCGUGACCGUGAGCCUUUGGGUGGCUAAUUUAGUUCAUCAGUUUCAAUGGUUCCAAGACAUGGCUAACCCUGUUGACCUCACCGAGGUGCUCAAGCUGUCUUGUGAGAUGAAGAACCCCCUCAAAGCAGUGGCUAUUCCUAGGGUUGCUUAA